CGCGGCGGCAGCAACAUGAACGGCGGCGCCGGGCGGAGUGCGGCGGCGGGGGCACGGCUGGCGGUGCGGCUGCUGGCGCUGCUCGGCUGCGUCCUGACAGCGGAGGCCCAGCUCACGGGAGUCCUAGAUGAUUGUUUAUGUGACAUAGAAAGCAUUGAUGACUUCAAUACUUUCAAGAUCUUCCCCAAAAUACAGAAACUACAAGAACGUGAUUACUUCAGAUAUUACAAGGUCAACCUGAAGAGACCAUGCCCAUUUUGGGCUGAUGAUGGCCAUUGUUCUAUCAAAGAUUGUCAUGUAGAGCCUUGUCCUGAGAGCAAAAUACCUGUUGGAAUUAAGGCUGGGAGCUCUAAUAAAUAUUCGAAAGUGGCAAAUAAUUCCAAAGAAUUGGAAGACUGUGAGCAAGCUAACAAACUGGGGGCAGUUAACAGUACCUUAAGUAACCAAAGUAAGGAGGCUUUCAUUGACUGGGCAAGAUACGAUGAUUCACAGGAUCAUUUUUGUGAACUUGAUGAUGAGAGAUCUCCAGAUGCACAGUAUGUGGAUUUGCUGCUGAACCCAGAACGUUACACUGGAUACAAGGGGCCUUCUGCUUGGAGAGUAUGGAACAGCAUCUAUGAAGAAAACUGCUUUAAGCCUCGAUCUGUCUAUCGUCCUUUAAAUCCACUGGCGCCUAGUAGGGGAGGAGAUGAUGGAGAAUCUUUCUACACAUGGCUAGAAGGUCUUUGUCUUGAGAAAAGAGUGUUUUAUAAACUCAUUUCUGGGCUUCAUGCUAGCAUCAACUUGCAUCUGUGUGCAAAUUACCUUCUUGAAGAAACCUGGGGGAAGCCUCGCUGGGGACCAAAUGUGAAAGAGUUCACUCGCCGCUUUGACCCUGUCGAAACGAAAGGAGAAGGACCAAGGAGGCUCAAAAACUUGUAUUUCUUAUAUUUGAUAGAGCUGCGUGCUUUGUCAAAGGUUGCCCCAUACUUUGAGCGCUCAGUUGUUGACCUUUACACCGGAAAUGGCCAUGAGGAUGCUGAAUCUAAAGCUCUCUUACUCGAUAUCUUCCGAGAUACAAAGUCCUUCCAUAUGCACUUUGAUGAAAAGUCCAUGUUUGCUGGAGAUAAAAAAGGAGCCAAGUCAUUAAAGGAAGAAUUCAGAUUGCAUUUCAAGAACAUAUCCCGCAUAAUGGACUGUGUUGGAUGUGACAAAUGCAGGCUGUGGGGCAAGCUGCAGACUCAAGGCUUAGGAACUGCUCUGAAGAUCUUGUUUUCUGAGAAAGAAAUACAGAGCCUUCCUGAGAAUAGCCCAUCAAAAGGUUUUCAACUCACGCGACAAGAAAUAGUUGCUCUUGUAAAUGCCUUUGGAAGGCUUUCCACAAGUAUAAAAGAGUUGCAGAAUUUUAAAGUUCUAUUACAAAAAACUAGGUAAUGAAGGCCUUUGCACAACCCAUUAGUGAAGAUCAUUUACAUGACUGCAUUGAGCAGAAGGAACUGAUCCUUACAGGACUCACAUGAACUGAUAAAAAAUAAAAUCAAAUACCAACUUGAAUAUUUAUGUUUAAACUAGAAAAGGUUAUUAAUUAGAAAAUAUAUUUAUGAAUGAAAUAUAUAGUUUUUAAAUGUGUAAAUUAUGCUGAUCUGUUUAUUUUUUAAGUUCUCUGCUCACAGUUCUCUUGUACUGAAACGUCAUAAAUUUUCUCAUUUCCUUGUCUUUCUGAGACAGCUUCUUUAUAUGAAAACAUAUGUACCUUCACCCUGCCUUGACCUGUCCUGAGAGAGGGGGGUCACUUCUUGUCUCUCCCUGGUUAUUGAGCUUCAGUAUAUUCUGAGGAUUUAGUGAAGUUCUGACUGUCAAAAAGAAGGGGGGGGGAAGGACCUAAACCAGCACAACAACAACCACCGAACUACAAAUAGGAAAUAAGGCUCUUGCUGAGUUCUGGCUUCUUACCGUAAUAAUGAAACUUACCUAAAAGUAGCAAAUUUACUGAACAGAAAAUUUGAUUUCAUACUGAGCUCCUUUGCAUCAUGCUGAGAUCAACAUUUUUUUUCCCUUGAGUUGUGUUUUUCAGAAUUUCUUUUCUUUAAAAUUACUCCCUUGUCUUUGCAGCACAGUUGGAAGUGACUUUUCUGCAGCUCCUUAGCUACCUGCAUUUGCUUGGGGGUGGAGGUCAGGGCAGGGGGAGAUGGUUAGUGGAGUGCUGCUAUCUGAAAAGCCUCCGUCAAUCAAAUUUGCUCCAUAUUAUUUUCUGGAUUGUAAUCACAAGUUCAGUUUCCAGAAAUUGUCUUUUUAAUGUCUAAAAUGUUAAAAUAGCACACUUCGGUCUUUGAGCCAUGGAAAUAAAUUUGCUCUAUGUGAGUUAUGUCUGAGUGCUAUGUUAAAAGAUCAGUGUAAAAAGAACUUGGUUUUGUAGUCACUUUUAAAAAAAAGAUGCUUUUUAAAAUUCAUAAUCAUAGUGACGUUUAAUACCACAUACUCUAUCUAUGCAAACUCUUCCUGUAUCUUCUUUAAAAGGAUAUUCAGUGUAAAAAAACGGGUAUGUUAAUAGCAUUACUGUCAUAGAAUAAGAAAUUAUUCAUGUGUCAUUGUCCACAAAUGUAAGUGAUAACUUACCAGUGUCAGAACAGAAUUCAGAAACAGAUUGCCAGUAGCAACCAAAUAUUGGUUUAAAUUAAAAAUGAAGUAGGCAUUUCUUUUAAACCAGCAUGUUUAAAAAUGAAGUUAGGAGUUACGAAUGUAGAAAGUGCUGGUACAGUGUAGAUACAUCUCUUGUUUUUAAAAACAAGUCUUCACAAAAUUAAGUGCUCUUAAUCAUUUUUCACCCUACCAGAUACUGAGUGACCUGUUUAUAGAAUUGAUUGUAACUGUAUUGGCUUCCAUAAUGUGUUCCUUUACCGCUGAGAUUUUCCGAAGGCUGGAAUAUACUCUGUCCUUUGUUUCCAGACUGGCCUCAAAUGUCUACCUGACUGGAAAUGAAAUAGACUAUCCUGCUGACACUUACUUUCUGGAGGAACAGUACUUUUUAUAAAAGCAAGUCCCCUUGAAUCAACCUGCGAUAAGCUAAAUAAAAGGGGGGGGGAAGACAAAAGGGGAAAAAAAACAACCAAAACCUAAACCACCCUCACAGAGUUUUAGUGAUAGUUGCAUGAAUUGGCAAUGAACUGGUAUCCAGUCAGAAGUUCCUGUUUAAGCCAAUAGGUAAUUGAAUGCAGUGUUAGGGAAAGCUGAGGCCAGUCUGGGAAUGUUAUGUUCUUACCUAGUAGACUCUCUAGCCUGUGGGCAACUGUAUCUGAGCAAGUCACCACAGGUUUUCUCUUUCUAGUUAAUGCAGAAGAGCAGAAUGUGUCUAGGUGGAUUCACCUGGCCUCUUCCAAGCUCUCUAUUUGCCCCCUAGAGUUUAUUUUUCUCCAUUAAAUUGAGGUGGGAAUCUAAGUAACUAGCUCAGAUGUGAACAGCUGUGUUUAGUAAUGAGUUACACACUGAGUAUCCAAAUCUUCUGAGUAACUGUAUAUACUGAAAGAGUGUAGUUUUCAGUUGGCCAUUAAUUCCUUGCCUUUUAGAUAGACCUGCAAGGGCUAGAACCUGUAGACUCACUUGUGUGAGGAAUGCUGUACACCUGGGAUUUAUCUGUAUUGUUAUAUAUUACAGUGCCUAAAGCUUUAGGCAGGAUUUUCUAAUGGAAAAAAAAAAAGUUGUAUUGUCUGUGCCACCCCAGGAAGGACCCAAGUCUCAGAAAUGUUUCUUCCUUUUUUCCCCUCACUUUGUGGGGAAAGUGAAUUGCUUCCAACCUCCUUCUGGGGAUGCAACUUGCUAUUUUGGGUUUUUUUCCACCUGUGCCUGGCUAAAAUUUACAGACACUGAAGCAGCAUCAUGCACUUGCUCAUGAGACAAGAGAGAGAUUUGGGUAUGCAAAUCCUGGAUACCUGCUCCUUGCAGCCCUCUUUGGCAUAAUGCAGGCAAGGUUAAUACUUUUGGGUAAGGACAUAAAGAGAUGGGAAGCUUUUCUUCUCCUUUGUGUCAUGGAAACACAGGAAUGCAACUGAACAGCAAAUUCUGCUUUUGGGGAAGUUCUGUUGCACUUGAAGGUGCAUCUUGCUUAGUGAUCAGAUAUGGAAGGUGUUUCGUUUCACUAUCAUUGUAGAAAUGGGACAUAACAUUUUUCAUGUAACGAAUCUGGUUGAAACAAUUUUCCUGUCACCAUAUUUUUUUUACUGUAUUUAAUGUACAUUCUGUGACUGUGCUGCCUAUAAAGUUUUGCUGUGUGGGUUGGAUGACUUAGUUCUUUAUAUGUUCAAUUAAAUUUUAGAAAUUUACAGCUGUUUUUAUACUAAAGAAUAAGGUUAGUUACACUGUCCACAACCUGUAAACUAUUUUAAAUUCCAGCUCCCUGUUGGAGAUCAGCUUGUCAACAUUGUCAUUCAUUUCAGAGUAACAGUACAUUUCCUUGUACAAAUGACACAAUGAUUGUAAUCCCAGAGGUAGCAAGAAGACGAAGACAAAAAUGUCUAAUUAUUCCUAAGUCAAGAAGACUUGUGUGAAAUGGUAAAAAAAGACUUGGUGCAAACUGCUUAGGUAAAAAGUAGAGCACUGUUGUGAACAAAUUGCUCUUCAAUUGAGGAGAAAGGUCAGAAUAUAGAUUUAAAACAAUGAAAUACAGAGACUUGUGUAAGCUGGAAUAAUAAGUGUUUUCCUACUUUUCAGCUGAUGAGCUGUGCUGUCUGUCAUUAUAUGUGCAUGAAAUACACUGUGCCACACUUUCUUGAGUUGUGUUUUGAUGGUUGGGUUGCCUUUCUCUGACCUUGCUUUGUGCUUUUCUGGGAAAUGACCUGUAAUGUGUUGUAAAUAAUCUUGAUACUCAUGUUUAUAAAGUAGCAAUCAGCAAUUCAUCACUUUCCAAUUUCUCCAUAUAGCUACCCUAUUAAAAUGUAAUAUUUAUUAAAAUCAAAACCAAUGUUGAAACUGCUUACAGAGAUCUAAACACUUCUGAAUCUUUGCUAUGUUUGAAUCUACAAGAUGCAAAUUAAAGUAUUUUCUGCUACAACUUGUUUUUGUGAAUGUAAUUUGUGGGGUUUCAUUUGAAAAUACAUUUUUUGCUUUUCAUUUACCCUUCAACUACACUUGGUAGAUAUUGUAUAAAUUACAUUAUUUUUAUGACAUUCAUUUAAGCUUAAAAUGAUGAGCAGAUUUUCAUCUCACUUCACUUUCAUUCAAAAGAUGAAGAUAACCUGUGUAUCUGUUGCUGUUUACAGUGCACUGUAGUGUGUCUGCACAUCAGAAAUCCAUUAGCCCCUCUUUAAGACCAAUUGUUUUAAGAGACAAAAAGGCUUAUUUUUGAAAUGAAGCUUGUUCUGUCCCUUUUUUAGAAUAGCUUAUAAAAUGAGAUCUGUAAAUAACAUUUUUUGGUUGGUUCACCCAAAGGGAUUCUUCGUGUUGAAAUUAUUUCCCUGAAGGGUUUCUGCAGCUUUCUGUUUCUUUCCGUGUAUGCAUUUUUAACAAAUUAUCUUACUAAAAAUUUGAUACACAUAUUUCAUCCCCAGUUUAGGUGGGUAAGUACCUGUUACACAGGUGAUGAUAAUUAUAGUGAUUUAAUUUAAAGAUCUUACCUGUCAGUGUUGUUUAAAUCUCUUGUGUUUGAGAGUAUUUAACUCAUUACUAUGGUUGGUUAUAGUCACUUGUCAUUCCACUUUUUUGCAUGCAUACUGUGGUAUAGGGCCUAAGCUUGUUUUUAAGUACAAGAUUCUCUUAAGUUUUUGCUGUGCAGUUGUAUAUACUGUGAGGGAAAUGUAAUUCCUGCAGACUUCUCUUGCACUAGGUCUUCGGGAAGUUUUGUACGAACAUGAUUGUAGAACUUCAAAGGGUUUAAUAAAAUUUCUGUUCUCUCAA